UUAAGAUUUUAAAUUCGCAUAAAUAAGAUGUUUAAAGAACAGGUUCAACGAUUUCUUAGCGGCUCAUUUGUCGUUACGUUUAUUAUUCUCAAUCUGUUAAACGAUGAAAUUUUAACGGAAGCCCGGACGUCUAGCAAUUUGAAAGUUCAACUUCCCCAUGGCGGUAUAUUAGUCGGCCGCCAUUUGAGUACGCAUAAGGGUCGACAUAUGAGGGCUUUCAUGGGCAUACCCUAUGCCCAACCUCCUAUCGGGGAAUUACGUUUUAAGCCACCUGUCCCAUAUGGCUCAUGGAAGGGUGAAAAGUUGGUGAUAAAAGAUUCUUUUAAAUGCAUACAACGCGACCCGUUUCGUCGCGACCAGGAAGUUGAAGGCAGUGAGGAUUGUUUGUAUAUAAAUAUUUAUACACCAGAGAAAACCAAUAUCUCUGAACCUCUACCGGUAAUGGUAUGGUUUCAUGGCGGCGGUUGGGAAUGCGGUUCUGGCAUUAGUAGCUUCUAUGGCCCUGACUUUCUUCUUGAUUAUGAUAUCAUAUUGGUAUCAGCUAACUUUCGUUUAGGCGCUUUGGGAUUUUUGAGUACCGAAACCGUACAUUGCCCGGGCAAUUACGGCUUAAAAGAUCAACAAGAAAUUUUAAAAUGGAUCCAAGUAAAUAUUCAAGCAUUCGGUGGCAACCCGAAUAGUGUGACAAUAUUUGGAGAAAGUGCUGGCGGUGCUAGUGUCACCUAUCAUAUGCUAUCAUCAAAAUCUCAGGGACUCUUCCACAAAGGCAUAGCUCAAUCGGGUACUUACUUUAAUCCUUGGGCUCAGCCCGCUCAUAAAGGUGUAGCUGCAAAACGGGCCAACAAAACCGCUCUACUUCUCGGCUGUUAUCAUAAAAACAGCAAUGACUGGCCGGAAAUUAUAAAUUGUUUAAAACAACAAUCGGCCUACAAUCUAACUGCUAUUGUUUAUGAUCUCUUUGAAUGGGAUACUGAUCCUAUGAUACCCUUUCCACCGGUUAUUGAGCCAGAUCAUGCGGAAGCAUUUCUUACCGUUCAUCCUAGAAAUCAAUUGCAACCCCAUGGCCUAGCCUUGCCUUUGAUGAUUGGCGCCACUUCGGAAGAAGGCCUUUUAAAAACUGCUGCCUUGUUAAAUUUACCCGAAAUUCUUUACGAAUUUAAAACUAAAUUUGAACAAAUUUUGCCCAUAAUACUUUAUUAUGAUCAUUUACCCGAGAAAGAUCAACACGAUAUAACUGAAAAAUUGAAAUAUUUUUAUCUGAAAGAUGGCCAUAAUUAUGAUAAACAUAAUUAUCAAAAUAUUACGGAUCUAAUAUCUGAUGGAUGGUUUUUGGCCGGCAUCGAUGAAUACAUACGUUUGCGCAUGAGUAACUUGCUUACACAAGCCCAUAAUAAUGCCGGCCCAACUUAUGUAUAUAUGUUUGAGCAUAAAGGAUCCGCCAGUUUCUCUGAAUUGUUUCAUGGCGGCAGAGAAGAUUACUACGGGGCUUGCCAUGCCGAAGAAUUGCAAUAUUUGUUUCCAAUUGCACGAGAAUUAUUUGUAAGUGCCGCACCAACAAAUAGCGAUUUGAAAUUACGCGAUCUUAUGCUACAAUUGUGGACUAAUUUUGCCUGGAAUAGUAACCCCACGCCCGAUAAUUUCCAAGCCGAUGACAAAUGGUUACCAAGUAAAGUAUAUCCGGUGUAUUAUGCAAAAAUUGGCAACAAGGAUUCUGAUAAUUCAGAUGCUCUUCUAUUUGACUACAAUACUAAUAUGUAUAAGGAGCGUUUAGACUUUUGGCAUCAACUUAAACCUCAUGUUCGCUCACAAGAAUUUCAUCACGAUGAGUUAUGAAAAUAAAACAUAAGUAUUUCUUUUGAAUUUAUUUAUAAUCUUUUUUUUUU